GAGAUUGUUUACCUAUGAUACCAAGCGAAAUUAGGUUUCUUUCUCGUGUUAAUAAUAAUUCAUUGAAUUCUUGAAAUGUUUGUGUAUCUAAGUAAAAAGGUUUGUAUAUAUGAUCAAUUUUGAAAAAUCAACUAUUAUUAUAGAAUAAAAAAUACUUUCAAUAAAACGUAUUUAAAUUUAAAUAGACAUUUCGAAUAAUAGUAAUAGUUAGUACUGAAGAGUUUCAAGAGUCAAGAGUGAAGAGUUUAGUCUUAGAGUAUUAGUAGUAGUAGUAGUAGUAGUAGUAGUAGUAGUAGUCUGUGUAGUAGUAAGUAGUAAACUUCAGUCUCAACAGAGAUCAUUCUUUGUCCCUGACUAAGUUAGUAUCGUUGAACUCUUUAAUCCAUUAGUAAUAGUAUAGAUUUACUUUUUCUACUCUUACAUAAUAAAUUUAGUAAAAUUCUGGGUAACAAAAAGUCUAUGGACUAUCCACUUCUUAGAUAAGACUAAGUAAAGCAAAGGUCUUAGCCUUUAUUACUUUAUACUUAUUUAAAAUUUAUUUUUGCUGGUCUACUUUAAAACAGCCAACUUAGACUUUGUUUAUUAGUACUACAAUUUUUAAAAGUAAUUCUUACUAACUAACAGUCUUUUUGCAUAGGCUACAGGUUGUUCUUAAAGUGUUGCUCCUACUACUACUUAUUAUUAUAUAGAAUGGUGACAAACCUAGGGAGGUGCAAAGGGGUUGCCCUGCCUGGCAGUACUAUUGGGGUUUAUAUAAUAUAACAUUAAAUAGGCAUUAAUUUUAUGUGUAAUGUUUGUGUUAGUAACUGUUAGGGAAGCAAUUUUAAGAGUUCGCUUCAGGUUGCAUUAGUCAAGCACCACUGUCACUGUAACUUUUAUUUUUUAGUGCUUAAAAAUACUGAUACUAAAAUAAAAUGGCUUAGGGCUUAUUUGAAUUAAAUAUUUGGAAGGGAACAUAAACGUUAAUACCAAUGUAUACUGAAAUAUAGUAAGAGGCCUAUUUUUUUUCUUCUUUAAAAAAAAAAAAAAAAUAAAAAUAUAAGUUUAAUAUUUAGCCAACAUAGAUUAUAAAUAGAUUUUCAUUGAUGAUUAGGUUAAGUAAAAUAAUGCCUUGUUAAGGGUGCUGGGUGGCCGAGUGGUCUAAACUGAGCAAAUCUCAAGUUGGUGGUCUGGAGUUCAAUUCCAGCUAGAGCAAAAACACCACCAGCACCCCGGGUAGAUGGGACUCGUUAACCUUGGAUGGCAACUCAUCUAAGAGAAGGAAACUCUGAAAUCAAACCCGGAGAUGGAGUCCCGAAAGGCGGAUAACAUUGAUACAAUGAAACAUUCCGACAACUCCUGCGACGCCACUGGUGCCAAGCUGAAUCAUCCAAUGAUGUUCCCUUGGGUUAGCCAGCGGCGUGGAGAGAGGCGAUUCGCUGUUGGGAACCAGCUUAUAAUCCUUGAAGUAUAAUCCCAGGCCAUGUGGAUUUCGUCCACCGAAGUCCACUCCAUCGUCACAUUGUGACGGACGGAUGCCAGCAUAAAUGUUGAUAUUGGGCUGUAGACUAAUAGAAACGUGACUGCACUUUGUGAAUUCAAUCCUGAAAACAAAAUAACAUAUUUUUUCUAAGAUUAACUGACAUCCUAAUAAGAUACAACUGUUAAGAAUUUGAUACUUACUAAACAACUGUAAGUUUUGUUACAUACUCAGCUGAUACUUAUUUUUAUAAAAAUAAUUGCAGAUUGCCAUUCCCAAUAAUAUUCGCCUACAUUGUGUAUCAUGGAAUCGACAGCAUGGCUACAUUGCUUGUGGAGGGGAAGAUGGCCUCCUUAAAGUUGUCAAGCUUGAAUCUCAGACAGGUUAAUAUUUCUCUCUAUAUCAGUUUAGGUCACAGUAAUGCUGUGGUUAAUGAAAUAUUUUAGAUAUUUUGUCAUUAUUUUAAGCUAUUGAUGAAGUAGAAUUUUAUAGUCAUAUAAAAAAAUAUAGCCACUUUUUAAUGAACCCAUUUGUUUUACAUAUGCUAAAAUUUCAAAUUCAUUAUGAAUUCUUUUUAUCAUUUGUUUUCAAAAUGAUCCCAAACAUUUAGCCAGUCUGCAAAUACAAUUUAAGUUGGAUAACUUUUGGUCUGUUAUGAUUAUAAGCAAGCUGCGAUUUAUUAUGAUAUAGUAUAUGGUGCCAUACAAAAUGAUUGACUAUGAAACAAAAAUCACUCUAUCAACUAGGUCUAGCUUCCAAGUAUAAUUUCUAUAAUGAAUGAUGCUUUCUUUUCCUAUUCUUAGGAAGAGAUACAAAAGUGAAAGGCCUGGCUGCACCAAGCAAUUUGUCCAUGAAUCAGUCUCUGGAGGGACACAGUGGUCAAUAACUUUGCCUAUUUACAAACUCAACUUAGAAUCUAGAAGAGAAAUGAAUUUGAUGUUUGAUAAUAUUUAAUUUCAUUUUUGAUUUUUUUUUUGCUCAUUGAACUUGAUUUAAUUUUUAAAAAAUCUUAAUAUAUCAUUAUUUUAAAUAAAGGCAUCAAAUUUACUGACCAAUUAAUAAGUCAUAAAUAUAAACUGAAAAAUUAAAAUAUUUUACUGUUGCAAUCUCAGGUGCUGUUCAAGUUGUUGCAUGGAAUGAGCAGCACCAGAAACUGACCACAAGUGACCAGUGUGGACUUAUCAUUGUCUGGAUGCUCUACAAAGGUAGUGUAGAGGCUGUAUUUUUUCAUUAAUUAAAUAUAAACUGUCUUGGUAAUAUUUUUUUAGUUUUUCAUACAUUUAUGUUGUUGUCCUCUAAUGAUGGGUUUGAGCAAAGGCUUCCAUUGGUUUUAAAAGUUAAAUUUAAACUGUAUUAUACUUUGUACUUACAUUUGCUGUUUUUUUACCAUUUGGCUAUGACUUAUAUCAUUGCUUUUAUCAACUCAAUCAUAGAUAUUUUUUGAAAGCAAGGAUUUCUAAGGCUUUGCAUUAUAAAUACUUACAGUCAUUACCAAGAGCAAAUACUAAAAGCAUAUUGUAAAUAUUAACCAUUUAGGCUCGUGGUAUGAAGAAAUGAUCAACAACAGAAAUAAAUCUGUGGUCAAGGGGAUGAAGUGGACUUCGGAUGGACAGAAGAUUUGCAUUGUCUAUGAAGAUGGUAAUAAAUAGAAUGACUAUUGUAAAAGUUAUGCAUAAGUUGGAAUUUUAUUCACUGUAAGGCAUUGUAUGCUGCAUAUUUGUUAAAUUUUUAACCGGGGACAAAUUUGGCACUUAGUGUAUUUAUUAUUAAAAUUUAUCUAUGGGUUACUUUAUUACUUGGGGCAAACAUGAAUCUUUGAUUGCAUUAGGUGCUGUAUAGGUCUACUAUUCUUUAUUGCUCUGAUUAUAUGCUUUUUAAAUUAAAGUCAUAUCCUGUCUCCAUUUAUUAUCCUAUUAGAAACAUUCUUAAGUAAUUUAGCUCUCCGAAAAUAUAAAUUUCUCUACACUCAGAGAUCUAAAGAAAUCAAUAAAAAAUAGUCCAUCAUGCAGACAUAGAAAUUACUCAUUGUACCAUAAAUUUCAAUAAACAUUUACUUUCCAGGAGCUGUUAUUGUUGGCUCACUAGAUGGUAAUCGUAUUUGGGGAAAGGAACUACGCUCUCUGCAGCUGGCUUGUGUUGAGGUGAACAAAAUAAGUUUAGAUUAAUGUGACAUAAUGAUAUUUGAUGUUCAUUUACUGCUGAGUAAAAAUCACACAUUUCACGAGAGACUAGAAAUACAUGAAUCUAAUCCAGAUGGUAAAGAACUAUGUUAGCGGCCAUAGUGGACAGCUUGGAAAAGCAGUUAAGAAGAUUUUGUCUCACGUGUUAAGAAGGAUAAAAUGUAUGAGUGACUUGAAAAAUGGAUUUAAAGAGAAAUGGAUUUAUUAUGAACUGUAUUUAAUCAUCAUUCCAAUAACCAUAUGUGAAUUUUCUUAUUCUUUGAAGUAUUGAUGUAAAUAAAGAAUUGAUAUGUGAAGAUUUAGACUUUUUAUUAUUACAUGGGCAUGUGAGAAAUUAGAAGUUAAGCCUGUCUGAUAUCCACUAAAAUAUCUGCUCAGGUCAUGACCAUUCUGACAAUUUCUAAUAGAAACAGAAAUCAUUAUAAUGAUAUCAGAGUAGAGGGUUUACAAUAACAUGUAAAAUAUUUUAUUUUCCUUUUUUGAAAUAAAACACAUAAGAGCAGCUUAGAUAUUUUAUAAAUUUAAAAAUGAAUGUAUUAUAUUAUGAUUAAUUAUUUAAUUUCAUUUGCAACAGUUAAACUAGCAGAUUUAAUGAUAUCUUUGAAAACAAGACAUUCAUGACAGUUUUUUUAAUGAACCAUUUAAGAAAAGAACUUGGACAAUUCUUAAAUUGUGAAAAGAUAUAUUAUAUAUUUAAUAAAUUUUAACAGUAAAAAAUAUAUUAUGCUAACAAUAAAUCUUCUUUAAAUAUAAUAAUAAUAUGCACUUAAUUUUUUGUCUGUUUUUUUAAUCUUUAUCUACAAUCAUAGUGGUCACCAGAUGGCAAGAAAAUCUUGUUUGGUAUUUCCAAUGGAGAGGUCCAGGUGUUUGACAAUGUUGGCAACUUUAUUGUAAGCAUUUGUUUUACAGCAAAUUUAAAGAUCUGUGCCUAAAUUUACACACAUUUUCUAUACUUAAAUCUACUUGUGACGUCUAAGUUUCAUUGACGAUCAAUGUAGCAUAAUUUUUCUUAAAUGAAAAGAACAGUUUUAGAAGCAUUUAAAGAAAAAAUUGGAUUUUCAAUUGAAUAAAUAAAUUAUGGACAUUUUGAAGUGCCAUGCGAGAGGACUUGACAAGGGAGACAACUGCAACUAGGGAGAAGAUAACUUCUUUGUUUAAAUAUAAAAAAAAACAACUGAACAAGAAAGUCAGAAGAAAACAGCCAGUUUGGAUGUGAUUAAACAAAACUGUUUUUGUAAAAAAAAAUAGCUGUAGCUGAAAUUCAAAGUGGCUGAAAUAAAUAUAAAUUUAUUAUAAAUUAAAGUGCCUUUGCAUGUAUAUUUCAUACUGAUAUUUGAUGGGAAUUAUUUCAUUAGAGUGACUUCAGCUGAAAAGUAAACUUGCUUCAACUUUCAUGUUGCAAUGAAGAGUUAACUUACUUUGGUAUAUCUGUUCCUUGCAGAGCAAAAUGAAAGUGUUCUGUCUGACCAAUGCUACUGGUGCCAUUCACAUUGCUGGCCUAGAAUGGUAUAAUGGUCUCUAUGGUUAUGCUGAGCCAAACUGUCCCACCCUGGCACUCUGCUUUGAUAAUGGACGCUGCCAGAUCAUGAAAAAUGAAAUUGAUGAAGGUAUUUCACAUCUAGUAACAUGGAUAUCUAAGCUAAUUCUUUAAACAUUUAUAUUGAUAACCUGUGAUAGCUUCAAGUGAACCCAUGCAAUAUAUAUGUCAUUUAUCUUCAGUAAGAAGGAUUGAUGUCUCUAAUCUUGAGCAGUUGAAGCUAAAUUUUGUCUAUUUCAAAAACAGAGCCAGUCCUAGUGGACACUGGCCUGCAGAUAGUCCAAGUGGCAUGGAAUCACACAGGGUCAAUCCUAGCCAUGGCCGGGACACAGCAAGCUCCUGGACAAGACAAAGGGAUCAACUUCGUCUAUUUUUACAGUCCCUUUGGUGAGGUAAGUUGGAGAGUUAUUCUUGUCCCAGCAAAAAAAACAUAUCAAAUUAAUAUUAGCCCAAACUUCUCAAUGCUGACCUGGUCAAUUGGUCUGGUCAAGUUGUCCUGCAUUUGACCACCCCUUGAUCUUUCCAAACCAAAAAAAAAAAUAUAUAUAUAUAAUUUUCCUUUUCAGGAUCAAAAUAAAAAAAAAAUUAACAAAAUCUAGAUAAGUUAUAAUAUUGCAAUGUUACACAAUCAUGGGAUGACCACUUAGCAGAUUUAAGGCCUAAAAAUAUUUAUGUUAAACUAUGCCUCUUUUGUCUUGUAUCUGCCCAUGAGUGUAAUGCCCCACCCUCUUUACUCUGACUUGCGGUGGCACUGUUAGGUGGGUCUAAUGCUUGUUGCUUCAUUUCAGCACCUCAGGGCAUUAAAAGUCCCUGGCACUGAUAUUUCUUCCUGUUCAUGGGAAGGUGGCAGCCUACGCAUUUGCCUGGCUGUGGGCAGCUUUAUAUACUUUGCUAAUAUCAGACUGGACUAUAAGGUAUGUUUUAAUUGUUUAAGUCAUAAUGCACAGGUAUGUUUUAAUAAUUUAAAUCAUAAUGCAGAGGCAUGUUUUACUCAAGUCAUAAUGCAGAGGCCUGUUUUACUCAAGUCAUAAUGGAGAGGCAUGUUUUACUCAAGUCAUAAUGGAGAUGACCAUGUUAAUCCAAAGACACCUCUGCUGGCUUGGACACGUCAAGCGAAUGCAAUCUGGUCGCAUACCAAAGGACGUGCUAUACAGCGAGCUGGCAACAGGGAAAAGGUCAGUUGGACAGCCUCGUCUGUGAUACUUAGACAUAUGCAAAAGAGACAUGAAGUCCUCUAACAUCGACAUGUCAAACUGGGAGGAGCUGGCAGAGGAUCGAUCCUCAUGGCGGGGCAUCGUGAAGGCAGGAUCACUACAUGCCGAGGAUCAAAACAGGGCGGAAACAGCUGCAAAAAGAGCGAGGAGGAAGGCCGGUAAAUACUGCUCCACCGCAUUCGUGUGUGGGAAAUGUAACAGAGACUGCCAUUCGAGGAUUGGUCUCACCAGCCACACCAAGAGCUGCAAGCUAUAAAGAUAAUCUAUCGUCUCCCGCAGACGGAAAGAUGCCAUACCAAUGCAGAUGACUGUUUAGGAGAACUAAUUUUUUCAUCCUCUUCUAGCAAAAAAUACUGUGUUUGGGGGUUGGGGGGGGGGUGGGGGAAAUAAUGUUGGUCCUUGCUGCAAUAAACUAUGAGAAGGACCUGUCUAUAUUAAAAAUCUUCUGUUACAUGUAUACAUGCUCAUAUUGUUGCCAGUGGGGCUACUGUGCCAACACAGUUGUUUACUCCUUCACCAAACCAGACCAUCUGGAGCACUGUGUCAUCUUCUGGGACUCCAAAAACAGUGAGGUAAUUAGAUAUUCAUUGUUGUUAGUCAGUUUUAAGCCAUACAGAAAUGUGUCUUAGAUAUAUUAUAAUAUUUGUAAAAUUUUAACUCUUUAUGGUCUGUGUUUUAAUGUCAGGAAACAUUGCCCACCCCACCAAUCCCAUUUAUACCCUUAUUAAUGGCCACCAUUAGGAAAAGUUUUAUGAAUGUUUUAUAAUACUUUGCCCACACAUCUAGGAACAAAGUGAAGGCACUUUGCCCUUUUGGGUUGCCAAUGGUGUUGUAACAGAGAAGAAGGUAUUAUCAGAAAUUGGUUUUCUGGUUGGUUUGAAACACACACCUCAGUGGGUUUCUCUUCAGUGUUGAAACAAAGGAACAUCAAUUUUAUCCCUCAUAUUUUUGGUUUGGAUAAAGAAUAAAAGAGUUCACCUUUUUUUGUUGAAAACUUCCAUUUUUGUCAUUAAAUGAAUGUUUAUAAAUUUAAGGAAAUAGACAAUUUAUUUUUUGAUUCCUUUGAUGUUUUUACUCACAUAACUUCCUUCUUUAAGAAUCUAUUUAAUUCAUGACUUUUUUAAAUUGACACUAAAUAGAGAACAAUAGAAUACUACUUUCCUGAAAGCCCUUAUGGCUCUAUCCAGUUUAAUUAUUUUUUUAAAAUGUCCACUUAAAGUCCACUUGAUCUCUGCACUAGCUUUAUGAUUACUUCUGUUGUCCUUUUCUUUUUGAAAACUAGACCCCACCACAUCUUAUUAAAAUAUAAACUUGACCACCUUUAACAAAAAAUAAAUAAAGCGAUAAUCUUUUGAUAAGAAUCAUUUAGGACAAUUUUUCUCUUGGGAUGUUUUUCUGUCAGUUCAAAUCAUUUUACAUUUAAAGUAGUGCUGUUAAACCAUUUUUAAUUCUUCACUUUCUAAAAAUGCCUUUGACCUAGACAUAUUAAAACAACGAAAAAAAAAAAAAUCCUCAUUUAUAUUGAGUAAUAGACAGUUAUAAAAAAAAAAUUGUAUUGAUUUCAUGAAGUAAUUCAGUAUGUUGCUUAUUUUAUUUCUUAUGAAAAUUAAUAAUGUAUAGUAUUUUAACAUUCAGUUCAUCUAAGAUUUGAAUGCACAUGUUCUUAAAAUUGACAAGAAAAUUAAAUUAAAAUUGCAAUGUAUUAAUUUAUUAACGCUUUACUAAGAUAGACAUUGAUAGAGCUGUGUAGAUAUAUAACAUGACAUAAUGAACACCUUCACUUAGUUGUUUAGAUAAACCAAUAUCCAUUAUCAUUGCAGAAAUAUGUGAAAUUUGUGAAAAACCUUACUGCCAUAACUGCUUAUGGUGAUUACUGUUGCUUAGCAACCAAAGGGGAGGAAAACUCUAAUCAGGUUAGAUAUUUCUCUAUUGGUGUAUAUAUUUAGUACUACUAUGUCUAACACGAGGAAAACUAACACCUCUGUUCAGCUUCAGGUCUAGAUGUUUAAUGACUAGUUACAAGCAAAACAAGAUGUCCUCUCACAUCUCAAUUCAAGAAACACGGGCCUCACGCAUUGAUGCUAAAGGGAAGCAACUGUGACAGCACAAUGACAUCACAAGAUGUUGCAUCCUGGAAUGUUUGGUUUCACAUGCCAAGUUCAUUCACAAGUUUAUAUCCUGAUUAUCAAGAGUCCUAUUUCAAGAGUAAUGUGAACUUUGACCCAGGCGUCUCUAACACAUGGAUGUACAACACUUCCAACACACAAAUAUAUAGCACAACUUGCUGAAUGGACACAAGCGACCAUCUCACUCAAUGCUCAGACUCUAACCACUGAACGAUUAGCAUGUACAUGAAAGACAGACUAUAGACACUAGGUCACAGCUCUAAUAAAAUCACUUCACAAUGUCACAAGGAUGAUGGCCCCAAAAGCAUUAAUUAAUUAAACCAAGACGCAAGAUACACCACACUCAAUAAAAGACACAAUAUUUGGUGUGCCGAAAUUACUAGUGAAUACCCAUAGUCUCAGUGCAUUUUAAAAUAUAAUUUAUUUCAGGAAGUGAAAUAACAGAUAAAUAUGCGCAACUUUUUUUUACUCUAAUCUAAAGCAAAUCUAAUUAUUGAAUGAAAUUGUGCCUCAUCUAAUUUACAUAAGUGCUGAUCAAACACAGUUUACCUAGAAUUUAAAGUAUUUAUUUCCUAAAUUUAAAAUAAAAAUGAAUUUUCUUGUUAGCUUAUCAUUUAUCCUUAUCUAAAUAUACGAUAUUUCUGUUGCAUUAUUUUUUUGUCUUCUUGUGUUAAUCAUCAGUUACAUUAUUCCCCAGUAUGUGCUUGUCCUCUGUAACUCCAUUGGGACACCCUUAGACUCUAAAUACAUAGGACUGGAGCCUGUCUACCUCUGCAUGACCAAGACACAAAUCAUCUGCGCCUCAAAGGAAGCUUUCUACUGCUGGCAGUUUAAAAACCCUAAAAAACUGGCCACUUUGGAGAUGGCCUCCAAGAGGAAAGCUGGUUCAGAAAGGUCUUUUGAUAAUACAUUCUUUAUUAGCUGUUGACCUACUUGGUUCAGAAAGGUCUUUUGAUAAUACAUUCUUUAUUAGCUGUUGACCUUCUUGGUUCAGAAAGGUCUUUUGAUAAUACAUUCUUUAUUAGCUGUUGACCUACUUGGUUCAGAAAUUGUUUUUGAUAAUACAUUUUUUAUUAGCUGUUGACCUACUUGGUUCAGAAAGGUGUUUUGAUAAUACAUUCUUUAUUAGCUGUUGACCUACUUGGUUCAGAAAGGUGUUUUGAUAAUACAUCAUUUAUUGACUAUUAACCUACUUGGUUCAGAAAGGUGCUUUCAUAAUACAUUAUUUAUUAUUUUUUUGACCUCCUUUAUUUGAUUAGUAAUCUUAUUUUAACCAUUUAUUUAUUGUCUCAUAUUCUAAAAUAAUCUUAUUUUUUUGUUCUAUUUUUUUUACUGCUUUUCACAUUACAUUUAAGAAAUAAACAUUCUUCAUAUUAUGACUUACAAAUAAACCUUAAUCACAUUCCCUUACUAAUAAACCUUAAUCACAUUCCCUUACAAAUAAACCUUAAUCACAUUCCCUUACAAAUAAACCUUAAUCACAUUCCCUUACAAAUAAACCUUAAUCACAUUCCCUUACAAAUAAAACUUAAUCACAUUCCCUUACAAAUAAACAUCAUUUUUUUUAUUUAUGCAGCUGUCAUUACCCAUUUUUUUAUACUAUAAGGUGUGUGCAAGUUUUGCAAGUGCUUUAAUGGAUUGUUGCAAGACAAUUUUCAAUCACUAAUAUUUAAAGUCCAUUGCUUGCAUUAUUAUUUUGUUCACAGGUGCUUGACCAAAUGUUUAGGACACCUGAUGGCAAUGGUGCUUGCUUAACCUAAUUUUUUUCAUUUUCCAGAUUGUUCCAUAUUGAUGACCUGCCCUCAGGGACAUCAACAGGUCAAGAUGACAUAGACUUCAACAAAGCUUACAAUGUAACUCAUCUUUUGUUACAGUCCACUCCAUCAUUAUUCAAUACAUUCAUUGUCACAAAUUCUCUAGCUAAACUGAAAUGUAUAUGUGUUACGGCCACAGUUUAAACAAUUAUCUGGGGUAUAUAAUAUGGAUAUUAAACUCUUCACAGACUUGUUUUAUUUACAAAAUAAAUUUUAAAAAAUAAUAAUUUGUAAGUUCUUCCAUUUGUCUUUCUGUUGAAAUAAAAAUUUAAAACAAUAAAAACUUAACAUGAACCUGUAUCAAGUUGAAUUAGAAAUCUGAUGUCUUGGAUGUUUUUAACAUUUUUUUUAUUAGUGUUCACAAAGAUUUCCCCCAUGGGAUUUGAUGCACUUCUUUAUAAGUAGUUUUACUAAUGUGUGAUAAUAUUUUUCACCAGAGAACAGAUGACCAGAUUUGUGCCAUCUGUGCCUCAGACAAAACUCUUAUUGUGGUGAGUGUCAUGAAUCAAUUCUAAAGCUAUACCUAUUUUUUUUUAGAACAAACUAUCACUGGAUUGUGUCCCUCAAUGGUUUUAUGACGUGCAGACAAUCAUCCCAUCAAAAUAUUUGUGAAGAAAGUUUUAAAAAAUUUAUGCAAGUUAUAUCGGGUGCAAAUGUAUAAAAAUAAUUUUUUUGGUUCCAGUUAUAUUUAUAAAGUUGUAGUAUAAAUGUGUAAUUUUUUGGAAAAUGAGUUUUAAAUAUUUGAAAUAGAAGGUGAAUGAUAAGAUGUUUAUAUUUUCAGGUAUUUUCAAAGGCCCAGAAUUUCAUAACUUUACAUUUCAUAAGCUAGACAUAUUCAAUAAAAAUAAUAUACAACAUUUACACUUAUAUUUGUAUAUUUCCAGGCUAGAGAAUCUGGGGUCCUUGUACGUUACUCCCUGCCAAUGGUGGCCUUGACCCACAAGUAUACUGUGGCCAGCCAGCCACAUCAACUCAGCCUAAAUAGUUCCUCUAGGUAAUGGGCCUGUACUCUGAUUAAAUCUAUUACAACUGACCAUAAAGCAUAAACUGAUUAGGCAAAUAUAUUGUUUGAAUAUUUUUUACAAACUAGAUGUCAGAUAUAACACAGUAAGUCUUGUAUUAACCCACUUCUGCCCAACUUGCUGCAUAAUGAAACAUUAUGUAGUAUGCUUGCCCAGGUGCAUCUAACAAUGCAUUAUCAUACACUUGAUUGUUGCUCUUCUUUAUGAAUAAGCUAAUUAUUUUUCCGAGUUAUUCAGUUAAGACCAUAAAAUGUUCUUCAAGGAUUUAUCAACUCAUAAGAAGUUUCUAAGCAAGCUUAGAGAUUUAACUAUAAAUAAUACUGAACUGUUAACUAUGGACAAUAAUGCAUAAAAUGUAAUUGAUGUUCUUAUGGUUGAAGUUGACUAUGAAUCAGAUUCUAACAUUUUUUCUGAUUCUAGGAAGGUUUGUUUCGUGUGGUUGAAGGUGACUGUGAAUCAGAUUCUAAAUGUAUUGCUAGUUCUAGAAAGGUUUGGCUAGAGCGGAUGACAAAUAUUACAAUAAUAAAUGAUGAAGAAUAUUUUUGAACUCUGUUAUAAAUAGUGAUUAUCUUUAAAUUUUACUUAAAAAACUCUAGCCGUCUUGCAAUAAUCGAUGUGUCUGGCAUUCUGACCUUUUUUGACCUCGACACAAGAGUAACUGACUCGGAAGGCCGGGAAGUGAUUGGGGAACAACCCAAAUUUGAACGCAAAGAUGUCUGGGAUAUGAAAUGGGCAGAGGUAGGUUGAUUGUCAUGUGGCUGCUAAGAUAUCCUUCCCCUGAUGCAAUCGCAUGGAGAGAUUCAUGAAAUUUUUAUUGGUUUAAAAUGUAGUCUGUGACGAAAAUACAAAGUUUAUUGUGAUAAAAUGGUGUAACUCACAAUAUAAGUAGACAAGCAAAUAUUGCAAGGCUAGUAAAAUAUUUUUAUCCUUUAAGGACAAUCCCGAGCUCUUUGCUGUAAUGGAGAAGACAAGAAUGUACAUCUUCAGGAAUCUGGACCCAGAGGUUUGUCACUGAAUACAUUGGAUAGUGUUAGUCACUGAAUACAUGAGAUUGUGUUGGACUCUGAAUAAAUGGGUUUGAGUUAGUUGCUGAAUAAAUGGGUUAGGGUUUGUCACUGAAUACAUGGGCUAGAGUUAGUCACUGAACACAUGGGAUAGAGUUAGUCACUGAACACAUGUGAUAGAGUUAGUCACUGAAUACAUGGGAUAGACUUAGUCACCGAAUACAUAGGAAGGGAGGCAAAAAUAUGAGAUCUUUUACUGACACAGUAUAAAGACACAUAACAAAGAUAUCAUAAAAAUUUCAAAAUCCAUCUUUUGACCUUUCAAUGCCACUGUUUUUUUUUAAAAAACGGAUCACAGUAUAUUUGUGUUUGAAAACGGAUCACAGUAUAUUUGUGUUUAUGUCAUCCAGGAACCCAUUCAAAGCUCAGGCUACAUCUGUGAGUUCAGUGACCUUCAGAUCAAGUCAGUUCUGCUGGAUGAGAUCAUGAAGGACCCAGAGAACCCGACCAAGGAUGACAUCAUCGACAUGGAAAUUAAGGUUAAUGGAAUUUAUUGAAAUAAUCUUUACAAAACCAGCAAUCUCAUCCUCUGGUCUACAUUAUCACUGGGCAGCAAGAACUGUAAGGUAAUUUGAUAAUUAUUGACAGUGUGAAGGAUGGUGUGGUACAGAAUAUGACACUUCUUGGUUGAUGGUGUAAUUUGGUUCAUAUAUUAUGUUAAAUGUCAAACAAUCCAUGCUGUGUCCUAAGUUAAUUUUUCCCCCUCGUUAAGAUGGUAAAUGAUUGUUAAAAAAAGAAUAAAUGAAAUUAAAAAGCAUUAAAAUUGUUUUAAUGAAGGUCUAUUUUGUUUGCUGUCUGACAUUUCAGUCUCUGAGAGACACCCGUGACCUCCUGGAGAAAGUAGGACUGGAUGAAACUCAACAAUUCAUAGAGGACAACCCACACCCUCGGCUAUGGUAGGAUACAGAAUGGACGUUUUUAAAAAAAACAUACUACUUCAACAUAAGAAUUACACAUUUUUUAAAAUACCAGCCAAUGUUAACAGUAUUAUGAUACUAAAUCGGCUGAUGUCAGAUGUUAUAAAUGUCAUUGGCUGGUGUCAGAUGUCAUCUACUGGUUUCAGAUGUCAUUGGCAGGCUUCAUCGCACAAAUCUCUCUUUGUAAUAUUUAAAUAAAUUAAGUAUGUAAAUGAAAUAAUUUUUUAAUGAAAUAAUUUCUGUCCGAUAAGGUUCAGACAUGGAUUUGAUUUGUAAGACUUCCAUGUGAUAUUGUUUUCUUUAAACCUAUAAUGUAUAAUCUCUGUCUCUUUGUCUGUCCAGGAGACUCCUGGCUGAGUCAGCACUUGGACAACUCAAUCUGAAAGUAGCAGAAACGGCUUUUGUCAAAUGUAAAGAUUACCAGGGCAUUGAGUUUGUCAAGCGACUUGGCAACCUGCAGGUGAGGGAAAUAUGAACAAUGAUUGAUUCAAUCACCGGUGAGGGAAAUAUGAACAAUGAUUGAUUCCAUCACAGUUGAAGGAAAUAUUAAAAAAUUAUGAAUCUUCUAUAAGGAAAACAAAUGUGGAAUUAAUUUAAGUUUGAAAAGCCCUACCUGUGGUUAGACAGAAGACCUACCUGUCGUUAGACAGUAUUUAUUUUAGUUAACUAAAUAUUGAUGAAUCUUAUCAACAGAAUCAACCUGUAAUUUAAUCAUAAGAUUUAUUCUACUUGUUGGAAUGCUAUGCACAAUUUCUUUUGCUGUUAUUCUCAAGUAAGUGAUAAGUCGCUGACCAAUUUUUUGUUUACUAUCAGAAUGAAAACAUCAAGAGAGCAGAAGUGGCCUCCUACUUUCAACAAUUUGACGAGGCUGAGAAGAUUUACCUGGAGAUGGAUCGAAGGUGUGUGUCCCCCUCUUUUAUGGUCUAUGUGUUAGGCCUUAUAAUGUUUCAUCAUCUUUAUCUGAGUGCAUGACUGAUUAUCAGAUGGUGCCAUGAGUACAUGACUGGUGUUCAGAUGGUGCCAUGAGUACAUGACUGAUUAUCAGAUGGUGCCAUGUGUACAUGACUGGUGUUCAGAUGGUGCCAUGAGUGCGUGACUGAUUAUCAAAUGGCGGCAUGAGUGAAUAACUGAUUAUCAGAUGAAGGCAUGAGUGCAUGACUGAUGUUGAGAUGGUGCCAUGAGUGCAUGAUGGAUGAAGGCAUGAGUGCAUGACUGAUGUUCAGACAGUGUCAUGAGCUCACGGCUGAUGAAGACAUGAGUGCAUGAAUCAUGUUCAGACAGAGGCAUGAGUGAAUGACAGAAUAUCAGAUGAAGGCAUGAGUGCAUGACUGAUGUUGAGAUGGUGCCAUGAGUGCAUGACUGAUAAAGACAUGAGUGCAUGACUCAUAUUCAGAUGGUGAAAUGUUCAUCUUGGUUUAUUUCCCUGACAACAGGGAUCUUGCAGUCAGCCUGCGGAAGAAACUAGGCGACUGGUUCAAGGUCAUACACCUACUAAAAAAUGGUGGUGGCGGCGAUGAUGUCCAGCUUGAGGAAGCCUGGAAUGCCCUGGGGGACUACUACGCAGACAGACAAAAAUGGAAUCAGGUUUCCUUCAUGUUCUUGAUCAAUUACAGACUUAUAAUAAAAAUGUCAAUAGGGAAGCUCCGAUGGUGUAUAAAUGCCCCCCCCCCCCCCCACCCCUGGGCUGACCCAAGCAACAGCAACCUAUAAAAAGUUGCAACAGCAACCUAUAAAAAGUUGUGAAACAAAGUAACACAAAACAUGCACACUACAAUGACAAUGAUAUGACCUAGUUAUCCAUUUCAUUUCUGUCUAUAUCACAUGACCUACUCAUCCAUGUUAUUGUUGGGUAAAUGAUGUGACCUACUUAUCCAUGUUUUUGUGUACAUACCAUGACCUACAUACCCAUGUUAUUGUUGUAAACAGGCUGUGACCUACUAUGUACAAGGCCGAAACCAAGAGCGUCUGGCAGAAUGUUACUACAUGCUUGAGGACUACAAUGGCCUCCAUAACAUGGUCAACUCUUUGCCAGAGAAUCACAAACUGUUGCCUGUAAGUUCAGCAGCUUUUUAUUUAUCUUGUUUCUUAAAGUGACAACUUGGCAAUAAAGUGACAACUUGGCAAUAAAGUGACAACUUGGCAAUAAAGUGACAACUUGGCAAUAAAGUGACAACUUGGCAAUAAAGUGACAACUUGGCAAUAAAGUGACAACUUGGCAAUAAAGUGACAACUUGGAAAUAAAGUGCCCAAAAAAUAAGGUGACAACUUGGCAAUAAAGUGACAACUUGGCAAUAAAGUGACAACUUGGCAAUAAAGUGCCCCCAAAAAUAAGGUGACAACUUGGCAAUAAAGUGACAACUUGGCAAUAAAGUGACAACUUGGCAAUAAAGCAACAACUUGGCAAUAAAGUGCCAACAAAACAAUAAGGUGACAACUUGACAAUAAAGUGACAACUUGCCAAUAAAGUGCCAACAAAUCACCAAGGUGACAACUUGGCAAUAAAGUGACAACUUGGAAUUGCUCACAUAAAAAUUUUGUAUGGUAAAAAAAUACAGUGUUCAUUUAUAAUAAAAUAUAUUUUUAUUAUUUAUUUUUAUGUGUUAAUUUUAUCCAAAAAAAUAAUUUUUAAGUAGUGAAAGUGAAAGACGAUUCUAAUGUUUUGCAAUGCAUUCUACUGUUUGGUUAAAUCUAUGUAAGACAUCUAAAAAAAACUAACUUGGCUGAAACAUUUCAUUAACAUGAGAAUUUAAAUCUGAAAUUUCUUUUCUCAAAUAAAAUAAUAAUUAUUAUUUUUUUUGAUUCCAAAGGAAAUAGCGGCCAUGUUUUCCAGUGUUGGUAUGUCAGAUCAGGCUGUUGAAUCCUUCACAAAGGUAGGAAUGUUGGCCUACAGCUUUAUGGGGGAUAAAUUAUCUUAUUUACUCAUAGACUCACCUCAUUUAAAUGCUGGACAAAAAUAGUAACAAGUGUGGCACAAAAAUGUGUAAAUUAUGGCUUGAAUGUGAAAAAAUUGAAAUUGAGCUUCAUAGUUUAAGAAGCUACAUUUAAAAAAAAAUCAUUUUUUAUAAAUUUAACUGGAAAUUAUAUUUUCAUGAAUAUUUGAAAGAAAACAAUAAGAUAAUCUUAUCAGUAUUUAAAUUGAAAAUAAUUAUAAAAUGUAAUUAUAAUUUUACAAAUGUAACUUUCAAAUAUGCACAUCAUCCAGUUCUGUAUAAACUUUUACAGUGUAACCGGAUCAAGGCGGCCAUCGACUGUUGUGUGCACCUGAAUCAGUGGAACACAGCCAUUGAGCUUGCAAAGACGCACAAUGUACGAGAGAUCGACAUGCUGCUGGCAAAGUAUGCCCAACACCUGCUGGAAAAGAAGAAAGUCCUGGAUGCGAUUUCACUAUAUCGAAAAGCUGGACAUUUCAUGGAUGCUGCUAAAUUAAUGUUCAAGGUCAUUUAUUAGAUAUUUUGCCUAUUACCUCAUUAACUCUCGGCCGCGUGACUUCAUAUUUAACCUUAAUACCCUUAUAAAGGGAAGUGACUCCGAUUUUAAGUACCUUCUUCCAUUAUUUACACUAGUCGGGCAAACAUCUAAUGUUAUGACUUUGUCAUGUUAGAUUUUAAAACUAACCCGGUUGAGGCUACAUAAUUGAUAUAUCUGAUCACCAUUGUUUCUCUUUUAUUUCACUACUCUGCAAUGCAGGGGAUAUAUAUAUAUAGAUAUAUGCAGUAGAUAUAUACAUAUAUACAUAUACCGGUAUACAAAUAAUCAGCAUCAUUUUAAUUCAUUUAAAAGGCAAGUUGUAUUUUUGUUCUAGUUUCCAAUGUUAUUUCCAGAUUGCAGAUGAGCAAAUGAAGAGCCACAAAAAUCCACUCAUUGUAAAAAAGAUGUAUGUCCUUGGCGGUCUGCUUGUGGAGCAGUACCAUGAAGCCAUGAAGCUGACCUCUAGAGCUAAAGGCAAAAAUAAACAGGUCAGCUCAUUUGAUACAGUUGAAUGGUUUCUAAGAGAAUCACUGUAGAUCAGUGGUUCUCCAAAUAGAUGAACCGUGAGUACUCAGUUACCUGUCUAACAAAUAGAUGAACCGUGAGUACUCAGUUACCUGUCUAACAAAUAGUUGAACCAUGCGUACUCAGUUACCUAUCUAACAAAUAGAUGAACCGUGAGUACUCAGUUACCUGUCUAACAAAUAGAUGAACCGUGAGUACUCAGUUACCUGUCUAACAAAUAGAUGAACCGUGAGUACUCAGUUACCUGUCUAACAAAUAGAUGAACCGUGAGUACUCAGUUACCUGUCUAGCAAAUAGAUGAACCGUGAGUACUCAGUUACCUGUCUAACAAAUAGAUGAACCGUGAGUACUCAGUUACCUGUCUAACAAAUAGAUGAACAUUUUAGGGAAGAUGAACAAAAAAUGUCAGCCGAUCGGGGCGCAAGUCUCUCAUGCGGUGCGGUAGGACACAAGUCUCUCCUGCGGUGCUGUAAAUAGUCUAACCAGUCUGUCUCACUGAAAUAGCAACGAAGAACUGAAAUAAUUUGUCCUUACAACUUUUAAGGCCAGAUGAAUAGUAUAGACAGUAGUAGAUAUCUAGGGAUGUAUUGAGAGAGAUUGCUAAGGAGACAGGCUGUUAGAUAUCUAGUGUGAUUAGUGGCAGAUUGCUAAUGUGCCAGACUGAUAGAUGUCAAAGAAAAUAGUGGGAGAUUGCUAAGGAGACAUUCUGGUAGAUAUCCAGGGAGAUUGCUAAGGCGACAUUCUGAUAGAUAUCCAGGGAGAUUGCUAAGGAGACAGACAGAAGUAGAUUCAUGGGGUUUGAACAAUUCUAGAAGGAUUUUUAGUCAUUUUAGUCAUUUUAGUCAAGCUUUAAAAAUGUUCAACAGAUUUUUGAAUUGAACAUUUAUUUUGAAGAAAUUCAUGAAUGCCCACAUUUGACACCCAUUUUCUAUUCAUUGUUCAUUUGGUUGUGUGUCUCCAGGCAGCAUCAGCUCUGGCAGGAUUUCUAGAGGAGGACGUGUCAGCCAUGUCUGAUACUAAAAUCAUAGACAACGCCUGGCGGGGAGCUGAGGCAUAUCACUUCUACAUUCUGGCCCAAAGACAACUUCAUGAUGGUCAGUCUCUUAGAUCUUUUCUUAUGUCAAACUAUUUUAAGAAAUUAAAAUGACCACAAAAACCUUUAAAAAAAAAAUGAAAAAUUGGAUUUUCAGCAACAGACUGGCAAUGUAACCACAGAAUUUAGUACAGUAGUUUAUAUCCAACGGCUUAUAAUCAAAGUGAUCUUUUGAACUUCCUUUUGGUCAUUGUUGGCAAAUCAUUUUGCAUUUUUAUAAUCUUUUUGAAGUGCAUGAAAAAACAUGUUAUUUUUGCAGUUUAUUUAUUUGAUCUCUAACAGCUGAUAUUUUGGUUAUUGUCGACAGGCUAUGUUGAUGCUGCUAUGAGGACCACACUCCAUCUCAGGGACUUUGAAGAUGUCAUUGACCCAGUAAAAACCUAUUCCCUGUUAGGUAUGAGACUUUCUAUUGACCCAGUAAACACCUAAUCUCUGUUAGGUAUGAGACUUUCUAUUGACCCAGUAAACACCUAAUCUCUGUUAGGUAUGAGACUUUCUAUUGACCCAGUAAAACCUAAUCUCUGUUAGGUAUGAGACUUUCUAUUGACCCAGUAAACACCUAAUCUCUGUUAGGUAUGAGACUUUCUAUUGACUCAGCAAACACCUAUUCUCUUAUAGUUAUGAGACUUUCUAUUGACCCAGUAAACACCUAAUCUCUGUUAGGUAUGAGACUUUCUAUUGACUCAGCAAACACCUAUUCUCUUAUAGUUAUGAGACUUUCUAUUGACCCAGUAAACACCUAAUCUCUGUUAGGUAUGAGACUUUCUAUUGACUCAGCAAACACCUAUUCUCUUAUAGUUAUGAGACUUUCUAUUGACCCAGUAAACACCUCAUCUCUGUUAGGUAUGAGACUUUCUAUUGACUCAGCAAACACCUAUUCUCUUAUAGUUAUGAGACUUUCUAUUGACCCAGUAAACACCUAUUCUCUUAUAGUUAUGAGACUUUCUAUUGACUCAGCAAACACCUAUUCUCUUAUAGUUAUGAGACUUUCUAUUGACCCAGUAAACACCUAUUCUCUUAUAGUUAUGAGACUUUCUAUUGACCCAGUAAACACCUAAUCUCUGUUAGGUAUGAGACUUUCUAUUGACCCAGUAAACACCUAAUCUCUGUUAGGUAUGAGACUUUCUAUUGACCCAGUAAAACCUAAUCUCUGUUAGGUAUGAGACUUUCUAUUGACCCAGUAAACACCUAAUCUCUGUUAGGUAUGAGACUUUCUAUUGACUCAGCAAACACCUAUUCUCUUAUAGUUAUGAGACUUUCUAUUGACCCAGUUAACACCUAAUCUCUGUUAGGUAUGAGACUUUCUAUUGACUCAGCAAACACCUAUUCUCUUAUAGUUAUGAGACUUUCUAUUGACCCAGUAAACACCUAAUCUCUGUUAGGUAUGAGACUUUCUAUUGACUCAGCAAACACCUAUUCUCUUAUAGUUAUGAGACUUUCUAUUGACUCAGCAAACACCUAUUCUCUUAUAGUUAUGAGACUUUCUAUUGACUCAGCAAACACCUAUGCUCUUAUAGUUAUGAGACUUUCUAUUGACUCAGCAAACACCUAUUCUCUUAUAGUUAUGAGACUUUCUAUUGACCCAGUAAACACCUAAUCUCUGUUAGGUAUGAGACUUUCUAUUGACUCAGCAAACACCUAUUCUCUUAUAGUUAUGAGACUUUCUAUUGACUCAGCAAACACCUAUUCUCUUAUAGUUAUGAGACUUUCUAUUGACUCAGCAAACACCUAUUCUCUUAUAGUUAUGAGACUUUCUAUUGACUCAGCAAACACCUAUUCUCUUAUAGUUAUGAGACUUUCUAUUGACUCAGUAAACACCUAUUCUCUUAUAGUUAUGAGACUUUCUAUUGACUCAGCAAACACCUAUUCUCUUAUAGUUAUGAGACUUUCUAUUGACGCAGCAAACACCUAUUCUCUUAUAGUUAUAAGACUUUCUAUUGACUCAGCAAACACCUAUGCUCUUAUAGUUAUGAGACUUUCUAUUGACUCAGCAAACACCUAUUCUCUUAUAGUUAUGAGACUUUCUAUUGACUCAGCAAACACCUAUUCUCUUAUAGUUAUGAGACUUUCUAUUGACUCAGUAAACACCUAUUCUCUUAUAGUUAUGAGACUUUCUAUUGACUCAGCAAACACCUAUUCUCUUAUAGUUAUAAGACUUUCUAUUGACUCAGCAAACACCUAUUCUCUUAUAGUUAUGAGACUUUCUAUUGACUCAGCAAACACCUAUUCUCUUAUAGUUAUGAGACUUUCUAUUGACCCAGUAAACACCUAAUCUCUGUUAGGUAUGAGACUUUCUAUUGACUCAGCAAACACCUAUUCUCUUAUAGUUAUGAGACUUUCUAUUGACUCAGCAAACACCUAUUCUCUUAUAGUUAUGAGACUUUCUAUUGACUCAGCAAACACCUAUUCUCUUAUAGUUAUGAGACUUUCUAUUGACUCAGCAAACACCUAUUCUCUUAUAGUUAUGAGACUUUCUAUUGACUCAGUAAACACCUAUUCUCUUAUAGUUAUGAGACUUUCUAUUGACCCAGCAAACACCUAUUCUCUUAUAGUUAUGAGACUUUCUAUUGACCCAAAAAAAACCUGUUCUCUGUUAGGUACAUGCAUUUCUGUAAGGUAAUUUAAUUAGUCAAGAUAGGUUAUUUGUUAUUCUCAGCCCUUUUGCCUGUGUAGCAUACAGGCCAUCCACAGUUGAUUUCCAUUUAUUUUAACCGUUACAUUACAUCUUUAUCAAGUUUAAUUCUUCCAUUUCAGUUCUGUUCACCCUAUUACAGUUCCUCAAACCCUCCUUCAGUUCAUCUAACAUCACCUUCAGUUCAUCUAACAUCGCCUCCAGUUCAUCUAACAUUGCCUCCAGUUCAUCUAACAUCGCCUCCAGUUCAUCUAACAUCACCUCCAGUUCAUCUAACAUCACCUCCAGUUCAUCUAACAUCACCUCCAGUUCUUUUUAUUUCUGUUUCCAAAUAUGCUCAUCACCAUCCCAUUAGUUUCCCACCUUGCCUCUAUAAUCCAACGCGCUAAAAAAUCCCCCAAAAACACACUGAAUGAAAUAACAGUAACAUUUUAAAAUGUACUUCUCCAGCUUUAGCUUCCUGUGCCAACCGAGCGUUCAAUGUUUGCUCUAAAGCCUUCAUCAAACUUGAGUCUCUGGAAUCACUGCCAAUUGAGCAGAGACAGCACUACGAGGAGCUGGCUAUGGAAAUAUUUACCAAGUAUGUUAUUAAUUUUUUUUUCUUCUCCACUUCUGGCUUUAAUGAGAAGUGUACAAUAUUGAUUGAGUGAGCUUUUAAAAACUCAGCUUGGUAACCUCUGCUUUGAUACUGAUAAACUUUUCCUGUUUGUAACCUCUGCGUUGAUACUGCUAAACUUUUCCUGUUUGUAACCUCUGCUUUGAUACUGCUAAUUUUGCCUGUUUUGCUUCAUUAUUUUCAUGUUUGCCUUGAGGCUAAUUUUGUAUGAAUAUGGUUCAAUUGUUCACUCUUAAGUUUGUGAUAUUAUUUUCCCAGGCACAGCCCUAAAGAUCUGAGAGCCAACAAAGUGGACUGUCCAAACUGUGGCUCACAAAUGCCAGAUUGGUAAAUAUUUUUUCCUACUGACAAGUGUCAUACUUAAUUUAUAUUUGCAUUCUUGGUUAAAAUAAACGUAUCCGUGAUAUGUAACAUUAAAUUUUAGAUUUGCUUGGAUGGUUUUUUAAAAUAAGUAAAAAAAAAACAAAACAAAAAACCUUGACUAUUUCUCUUGCUUGUUUGGUCAGGACGACAGUGUGUCCAAGUUGUGAUACCAAAUACCCCACCUGCAUCGUGACGGGCCGACCAAUCCUCGAGUACCAGUUCUGGAUGUGCAGCAACUGUAAACACAGAGCUCUUCAGUCUGAGAUCACACAACGGAAGUCUUGUCCCCUGUGUCAUGCCAUUGUGUAGGGAUUUUAUCAAUUUUUGAAAGAUGAUAGAUUGCCUUGUAACAUACUGAUGUAUUGUCAAUCAAGAUCUUUGUCAGUCAAGAUCUUUGUCAAUCAAGAUAUUUCAAAGAAAUUUUGAAGGAAAAAAAAAGAGGCAUUUAAAGUUUGUCUUUUCAAUAUCCAUUUAAAUCAAAAAGUAGUCUAAGGGGAAAUUUUUAAAUUUUUUUUAACUAAAUCAUAAUUGUUCUGUUCAUCUCUUUGUCAAGAUAUUUAAAAUCUCAAAUGUUAUUUCAUUAAAGUCAUGAUAUGAAUCUCUCAGCUGAAAUGUUAACUAAAGCUGACAUUGUAUUUUACUGUGAUAAAGGGAAGGAGAAUAUUUCUCAUGACAUUAUUUCAUUGUCAUCACGUAAUGUUGAGUACCCCAAGUGCUGACAUUAAUUUAUAUUCUUUUAAAGGGAUGACAAAUUUGGAUCAGGUAAGGAUGCCAAUUCUGUGGUAAACUCAUUAACAAAUUGUUCAAAGUUGGGACAUACACUUUAAUCUAUUUGUGACUAAUGUCUGUAUUUUCUUCUAUUUGUGACGUACACUGGUACUUUCAUCCAUUUCCAUUGGUGGUAACUGUCAGAAAACUAUAUAAAAUAAAAUAUUAUGUUUUUUUAAAUUCUAUGUUUUCUUUGAAGACAUAAACAAUGCAAUGUAAUAAUUGUUGGUAUGAUAAAUAAAU